CAACGGAGCGCUUCAGACCCCUGCCUGCCCCUCCGGUGCUAGCGGGUUACACCAGGCACCGUUCCGACCAUCCUCUGCCUCCUCGGUCUCACCGGACACCGGAAUACGUCGCGGAUUUGGGGUUUGACUUUAACGCUUGGGGAUGAUUUUAAACCGAUCCGAAAAGCACUGAUGCGAAGUUUUGCGCCUGGCGGGCUAGUUGCGAUGGAGAUGUAGAGAGGACGCUGCGCGACAGACAACUUUCCGCAGCCACGCGUCCCUGCGCGUUGCAUAUCCACCUCGGACUUUGGAUGUUUCUGUUUAAAAAAACCCAAAAAGCUGCGUUUUACACUGAUUAGUGAGUAAAAACGACAUUAUCCGUGGGCUAGAUUUCAGAAGGACUGGAAAUUCUGAAGCAUAUGGUGGAGUGGAUUGCUGGAGCCUUUCCGUGUCGGAGACAGGAUACAUCCGAUCGCUUUAUGUCAGAUAAUGGAACGGCAAUGAGACAGGUCUUUUCUUAGGAAUAAAACAAGCGGUGCACCAACAGAAUGCGGGAGCGAGACGUGCCGAGUGUAUGUGUGUGGCUUCUGCUGUUGACCCUUGCCCUACUGUCACUCUGGGGUCAUCUGACGCUGGCUUCCUCUGCACACCGCACCCACAUAGUGCAUGUGAAGGCUGGGACAUGUGAAGUGAUCGCAGCCCAUCGCUGCUGUAAUAAGAACAAGAUUGAGGAGAGAUCUCAGACUGUCAAGUGUUCCUGUCUGCCUGGCCAGGUCGCUGGGACAACCAGAGCAGCUCCCUCCUGUGUGGAUGCAUCUAUAGUAGCACAGAAGUGGUGGUGUCAGAUGCACCCUUGUCUGGAUGGAGAAGAAUGCAAAGUUCUACCUGAUCUUACAGGCUGGAGCUGCAGUUCUGGCAACAAGGUCAAAACAACUAAGGUGACCCGGUAGUGGCAUCCACCAAUCAGAGCACAGAAGCCAGGCUUGAAGCGGCGGAGUAUGAAAUAAGACUUAACAGUACACAAAAGCAACUUUAAUACGCUGACCCAUCCCACAUUCCACUAAUAUAAAGAAAAUGACAACUACCCCUACUACCCUGCUCCAACUACACCCCCCACAACCCCAUAGACACCACGGCUCUUCUUCCCCCGGAAACACACACCAGGGAACAAGGGACCGCCAAGUACCAGGAUCCUGUCUCACAUCGGAACGCUCAACGAUGGCCCGCCUUGAAUAUUGGAGCUCUUUUCCAUUUUCCGAUUUCUCCCACUUCCGCCCGCUCAGAUGUUCCGCUGUAAUCUCAGAUUUUUUUUUUUUCAUUUUGCUGGUUUCUGUCCGUUGAUGCUUCUUGUACACACACCUUUUUGCACCUGAAAUGAAAGGUGACAUUUUUGCUUUCUCAUCGCCAGCCUUGCUCUUCUAAGCAAUUUAACUCACAGGACUGGAGCACUGAACUUUCAGUCAUCUGUAGGCUGUUCCAUUCCUUUUCUAAUAAAUAAGUUAAAGUAAGAUUUUUGACCCAAAAGACUGAAAUAAAACUAUAGAUGUUAUGGUAUUAUUAUGUAAAAGUAAUUCUGUAAAAAAAAAAAUAUCAAAAGAAUCAGAUUCACUAUGAGUAAAAUAAAAGAGAGCACUGACCAUUUUAAUAUUGUUGUUUUUAACCAGCCUGGUAACUGCUAUUGAGUACAUGUGUCAGUAUUAUCUACAAUAAAUAAAGCUAUUUCAAAG